UGCCGCUGGCGGCCCGGCAAGAAUCGCUGCGCUUCAUUUAUUCUCGUUCUCUUGUUGUUGGUCCAUUCAUCCUCAUCUCAGCAACGUCUGCAGGUCUGCUGCAGCCUUGUUAUUCAUUGCUUUGUUUUCUGCUGACUGACUGGUGUCUGAGCCUGAGUCGUCUCUCUCGAUCCACCAUCUCCAAAUAAAGGAAGCCGCUGUAGGGAUCCGAGACGCUCAGGGCAGGCUCAUUAUCUCUAGCUCCUCCCACCCCCAACUUGAUAACCGGAAGAGAAGAAGAUCGCCAUGGCCCCUUCGUACCGGCCCUACGGCGGCGGCGAGGAGCAUGGUGAUGCGCAGCGGAAGAAGAAGGGCGGCGGGCGGUGGCUGUGGGGCGGCGACCCUGCGGAGAUGAAGCGGCGGAGGCGGGUGGCCGGGUACAAGGCGUACCGGGUGGAGGGCAAGGUGAAGGCGUCCAUCCGCAGGGGGCUCAGCUGGAUGAAGGCCAAGUGCGCGCACAUCAUCCACAGCUAGUAGCCGAUGAUCCUUUGUGUUUGUUCAACAAUCGGUUCUUGCAUUGUUUCCUUUGUCUGCCGGUACAUGCCAGGGAUAGAUAUCAUCCUUUGCAUAUCUGUAUUGGAUUUUAUGGUUUGCUUGCGGCUGCAGAGAUCGACAUGCACGCAAUGGUUUGUGGCUGCCUAUGCCUUGUUGAACCAACUGUGAGUAGAGAAUUACUAAUGAUCAGCAUUCAGCAAGGAAAUGCAUGCUUGGUGCAA